CAGGACGCGUCACAGAGGCAGAGGGGUUACUGCAGGUCAAACGGUGGGACGAGGUGACGUCGAACCGCGAGUUUGUUUUCACUCCCACCCAGGAAGAAGGUGUGCGUGCGACUGGCGACCAACUCCUGGAGUAGUUUGUUGCUCCUAUUUGUUCACCUUCGUGUUUGGCUUCUUCUUCCAUGGCUUGAGCAAUGCAGACGGGCAGCUCUGACGGCAACUAUGUAGGGUUUGUACAACAAAUUCUCAGCUUGCGUUUGGUCCCAAGGGUGGAAAAUGGCACCCAUUGCUACAACGGCACUUAUAUGUGCGACUUCUCAGAGAUGUGGUACGGCGUGCUGCUGUGGGCCCUGGUGUCCUCCCUGGCCUUCCACCUGCCCGCCGCCCUGCUGGCCCUGGUCACCCUGCGGCAGCACAAGGUGGCACGCUUCACACCCCUCGCCAUCCUGCUCAUGAGCAUCGUGGGGCCCGCUUUGGGGGGCGUCCUCACCAGUGCCGCUAUAGCUGGUGUGUACAAGGCGGCUGGGAAGACCAUGAUGUCUUUGGAAGCGCUUGUUUUCGGAGUGGGACAGUCGUUUUGCGUCCUGGUGAUUUCCUUCCUGCGGGUGCUGGCCACGCUAUAGCCCUGGGGUCUGGGCCGAUCGGAGCUGGGGUCGGCUGGAGACCGACUCUUGUCGAGAGUACAGCUGCCCGCCCAGCUGCUCCGAGGACUGGAACUCCCCAGCCUGGCUGGCUCUCCGUUUCUUUGUGGCCCGACUGCAGGAUGUCAUGCUUUACCCGUUGUGCUUUACACAGCGGAGAAACAAUUUCUAUGAACAAAAUGGGGAGUUUGUUUGCUACUGGUUUAACCCCUUCAACGGGCAGAAGUCACCAGCAACUACAGGCAGAGCUACCUUCACUGCAGGAUCAGCCUCUUCCUCAGACAUUGUGGACAUUUGCUCAAACUUGAGUCUGGUAAGAGCAGGUGUUUCUCAUGGAAGAACCCUGAUCUGGUGCUGUAUCACCUUCAGAAAGCUCUUUCCACUACAUGCUGCAGCAGCCCACAGGUCUGAAAAGCUUUCCUUCUGGUGCCACACAAAACCCUGUCUUCUAGGCAUUCCAGUUACUGCUUAUAACGGAGACUCCUUGCAUGGGAGGGUAGGACUACUCAAGUCGAUUACACUCCAAGUCACCUUUCAGACACGAUCUGCUCGGGAAAGUGAUACUGCUUUAUAACCAGUGGAACUUUAUUAAAGUGGAAAAUAUUUGUGUUCUCAGUCCAGCAUCUCCCUUGUCUGCUUAUCAGCAUUAAUUAAAAUAAAAAAGUGAAAGGAAUGCUAAUUAUUCUACAUUAGUCAUAUUCUGAAUGAUUUUAAGAGCACCAGUACUUCAAAAUGUUUCUUUGCCACAGAUGUUAUCACAAAAUGAAGCAAAUUCUAAUAUCUAAAGACAAACCAGUUGCUUUCCACAGCAAUAAUACACACUAGGCUCCUGGACUCCAGAGGAGUCAGUUGUUUCUUUAAAGUGGAUGAUGUGGGGAAAGAAAACAGACCUAGGUGUCCUUUGGAAGCAGGAGAAAAUCUGGAAAAAAACAUUUUCAUAUAACUCCCCCAGCAUCAAGUAUCAAACAUGCAAUUUGCUCAAAUUUAAAUUAAUUUUUAAAUAAAAUAAAAGAUGCACUAGACUAAAAUUUAAUAUCACACUUAAACAGUAAGGUUUCCAAUAAUGAUAGGAAAUUUUCACAGGGAUCGGUCAGCAUUUCCAAAGGCUAGCAGGUGGGGAUUGACAGAUAUUGUCUUUAACCUGUUAACCAGAACUAAUGGUCAGAUUCUUAAUGCUAUUUACAGAGAUGGCCAAGUUGCAAUUCAUCAGCCAUUCCCAAGUAGAGGAUGGCAGUCAACGACACAGUAGACUGAUUGGUGCUCGAGUGUAGACAGGACUGGACUGUCCUUUAGCUCAGUCGCAGCUAGUUCUGGCUCUGAAGAGCUACAAGUCAACAGGUCUUUCUAGCUUAUCGUUAAUUGUCACUUUGUAAGAACAUGGUUACAAGAGUGGGGCCAUUUGGCCAGUCUAGGUCAGCUGUUUACUAAUAGUUAAUUGAUCUGAGGAUCUCACCCAGCUGUUUAUUAAAACAAAUCAAAAUGUCAGCUAAAUUUAGCAACAUGCAUAGGCAGCUCAUUCUAGACUUCCACAAGAUUUGCACAAAAUGUAACGUUUUGAUGAAUGUGGCAAGUAUAAUGAAUAUGUCCAGUUAAUGGAGGACUGACCAGCUAUGGUCUUGGACCUGGAUCAUUGGAAUCAAUGGUUUGAUUCCAAAGGGUUUCUACAUCCAUUAACAGGUCUGGUCUUGGUUUCAGCUCCGGGAGAGAGAGAAUCCCAGGGGUUGCUGGGCUGUGCAGGGUCCAGGCUCAUACUGCUCUAGAAAACUCCUGAUGGCUCAAGAGCAGGUUACUUUUCCUUACUCUUGUAUUUCUUUUGGCAGUGGCUACCACCAAGUGUGUUUGUGAUGCGCUGAACAAACAUUUAACAAUGAUUCAAGUUAGUUUUGAGUGCAGGGCCAAUUUAACUUAAUUUCACUAAGUGCCAAUUAUUGCCUGUUUCAUUAAAGUAUCUGACUUACAAA